UUUUGUUGUUCACCCGCGAUUCACCCGCUGGCGCCUGCUCCUCGUAUCCCCCCGUCUUCUUUGACCCGCGCACGCCACGCCGAUCCCGACCAAAUCCCUACGCCUCCCGAGAAACGCCGUCUCGGGCUUGGGCUCCCUUAAAACCCCAUACCAGCAUUCGAUCUCUUCCCCUCUUCUCUCCUUCCUAUCGGGCGGGCGAACGAACCGACGCGACCGGAUCAAGGCGCGCAACCGCGCGGCGGCGGCUCCUUCGAGGUAGGGAGGGAGGAGAGGGGCGCGCCGCGAUGGCGCUGGAAGGCGGCGGUGGUUGGGGCGCGGUUGUGGUGGUGGUGUAUGGGGUGAUGGCGGUUGUGGCGCUGCGGCUGGUGAUGUCGUACAAGUCGGCGGCGCACGCGGUGCGGCGGGCGUGGCGGUGGGCGGACGAGUGGGCGCAGGUGUACCAGUACUACGAGGUGCCGCGGAUCGGUGGCGACGGCGCGGAGAACCCGCUGUUCCGGAAGGCGGCGGCGUACGUCGCGUCGCUGCCGUCGCUCGAGGACGCGGACGCCGCCUGCGUGCUCUCGUCGCCCUCCAAGAGCAACGACUUCUCGCUGCAGCUGGGCCCGGGCCACACCACGCGCGACGCGUUCCUGGGCGCGCGCCUCGCGUGGACCAACGCCGGCGCCGACCGCCUCGUCCUGCGCGUGCGCCGACACGACCGGACCCGCGUGCUCAGGCCAUACCUGCAGCACCUCGAGUCCGUCGCCGACGAGAUGGAGAUGCGCCGGCGGGAGCUGAGGCUGUACGCCAACACCGGCGGCGAUGGCGCACGGUGGUCGUCGGCGCCGUUCACCCACCCGGCCACGCUCGAUACGGUGGCGAUGGACCCCGAGCUCAAGGCCCGCGUACGCGCCGACCUGGAAAGCUUCCUCAAGGGCCGCACUUACUACCACCGGCUCGGCCGCGUGUGGCGCCGGAGCUACCUGCUCUACGGUGCUCCCGGCACCGGCAAGUCCACCUUCGCCGCGGCGAUGGCGAGGUUCCUGGGGUACGACGUCUACGACAUCGACCUGUCCCGCGGCGGCUGCGACGACCUCCGCGCGCUGCUACUGGACACCACCCCGCGGUCGCUCAUCGUCGUGGAGGACCUCGACCGCUACCUGCGCGGCGGCGACGGGGAGACGGCGGCAGAGAGGACGGCGAGGGUGCUCAGCUUCAUGGACGGGCUGUCGUCGUGCUGCGGCGAGGAGCGCGUGAUGGUUUUCACCAUGAGCGGCGGCAAGGACGGCGUGGACCCGGCCGUGCUGCGGCCUGGGCGGGUGGACGUGCACAUCCACUUCACCAUGUGCGACUUCGAGGGGUUCAAGGCGCUGGCCAGCAACUACCUCGGGCUCAAGGACCACAAGCUGUACCCGCAGGUGGAGGAGGGCUUCCAUGCUGGCGCGCGCCUCAGCCCCGCCGAGCUCGGCGAGAUCAUGCUCGCCAACCGCGGGUCCCCGAGCCGCGCGCUCCGCAACGUGAUCAACGCGCUGCAGCACGUCGCGCCGCCACCGCCGCCCGCGCAGCCGCAGCGAGCGAGCUCCGUGGCGCGGCCGCCCAGGCUGACCUCGAGAUGGUCCGGGCACCUGGACGACACCAGCGCGGCGAGCCAAUCGCCCCGGGGCGGGGGUGGGUUCGCCAAGGACGCGCCGAUCAGGGAGCUCAAGAAGCUCUACGGGCUGAUCAAGUAUAGGAGCCGCAAGGACGUCGGCGUCGUGCCGGUGGACGACGCGGCGUCGCCGAACGGGCGGGGCAGCGACGCCGGCCCUGAGAAGGACCGGUGAUUAGCUAAUUAUUUAAAGGAAGCAUUUUGGCUUUUUUUUUGUGUGUUUUCACUUUUGAUCUAGUUUUUUAAGUACAUUUUUCUGCUCAUCUAAAAUUUAGGGGUUGUACAUUGGUAGUAGGAAAUAUCUUAUCUGAAAGUUUGGGGACCUGUAAACUGUUCUGCACUUCGAUCCAAAAGAAAAUUCCAGUAACAAUGGAAAGAAGAAGCAUACAAAA